AUGAAUACCGUUACGGUAGAGUAUACACUCCUAAUUCUGGUUGGUCUUUCAGCCACCAUAGCUGCUCUUCUUUAUAAGCAAAAGAAUAGGAAAACUACUAGGAAAGGAGAUGGGAUGGUCAAGAAAGAAUCCAAGAGUACCCAAAUACCCAGCCAGAAUGAAAUAGUAGAGAUGGUUGACAUUAACAACAAUCAAGAAGUCUCCGUAGAGAUUGAUAAUCAAGAACCUGAAGAGGUAUCAACUUCAUCGAGUACUGAACAUGGAAGUUCAAUGACAGAGUUCAGUCUCAAGAGCGGCUACUCGGAUAGCAAAUGA